AUGACACAGAUCCUUAGAUCAGAUCAAAGCGUUGCAGUUCCAUCGCCGGAAGUUUGUCACCGGACACUCAAAAUGAAAGCUCUUCUUCUUGCAUGAAACCCUAAUCAUCAAUAACACUCCAACAAUGGAAAAACCCUAACCAAAGCCAUCCAAACAGAGAACGAUCCAAAUGGCCCCAAGCCCGAAGAGAAGCUUUCUCCGUCUCUUGCUCAUUCUCUCUCUCUCCGCCCUUUUCCUCUUAUCUCUCUACUGCUUAUCGUCCACCUCAAACUUACAACCGCAGUUCGCCUCUUCCUUCCCCCAAAACCCUACUUGCAAUUCAACUUCUUCUGAUGACAACUACGCCAAUAACUUCACUCUCACCAUCAAAGUCCUCACUUUCGACCGCCUCGUCUCUCUCUCUCGCUGCCUCCGUUCUCUAGCUAAUGCGCAGUACGGCCAUGACACGGUCAAUCUUCACAUCUUUGUCGACCACUUUAAGGUAAAUGAGAAUAGGAAUGAGGAAUUGGAUCAAAGGCUGAAUGAAUCGCGCCGGAUUCUGGAGUUUGUUGAUGGAUUUUCUUGGAAAUUUGGAGAGAAGAUGGUGCAUUACCGGACUGGAAACGUUGGGUUGCAGGCGCAGUGGUUGGAGGCGUGGUGGCCGAGCUCGGAUCAUGAGUUUGCCUUUGUUGUGGAAGACGAUUUGGAGGUUUCGCCUCUGUAUUACAAGUUUUUGAGGGGUUUGAUUCUUAAUUAUUACUAUAAUUCUUCAAAUUUUCAUCCUUCAAUCUACGGGGCAUCACUGCAGAGACCAAGGUUUGUCCCAGGCAAACAUGGGAAUAAAUUGCAAUUGGAUAGUGGUACAUCCCUUUUCUUGUACCAGCUGGUUGGUACCUGGGGCCAACUUCUGUUUCCAAGACCUUGGAAGGAAUUUCGUUUGUGGUACGAUACUCACAAGGUUAAGGGCAUCAAGCCAUUCUUACAGGGGAUGGUGACAACAGGAUGGUACAAAAAGAUGGGAGAGAGAAUAUGGACUCCUUGGUUCAUUAAAUUUAUACAAUCUCAUGGGUAUUAUAACAUCUAUACCAAUUUUUCACAUGAAAGAGCACUCAGUAUCUCCCAUAGGGAUGCUGGUGUAAACUAUGGGAGAACAGCAGGCCCAGAUUCAUUUUUAUUGGCUGAAAAUUCUCUUAAUUUUGAUCUUUUAGAAAUGCCACCACUAAGCAAAUUGAAGUGGUAUGAUUUCUGCUUCACACAGGUAUUUCCUGAUAGAGUUGUAAGGAGUGUUGAUGAACUUGGAUCUGUUCUUCACUCUUUACAGAAACUGGAGACCAUUGUGCUUGUCAGCCUGCAUGGUGUGCCACACUCGGUCACAAGAAACUUACUUUGCCACUUUGAAAGGUUAAAUAUUCGAAACUACAUAUUAGUGGGACCUAAAUCUGAUUUCUUGCUUGAUCUUGCAAGGCGAGGGCAUCCUGUGAUUGACGCAGAUCAAUUUCUUGACAAUAUCCAAGUUCAGAAGUUAAAACCCUUUAAGGAAUCUGGCCUGGAUUUGGCCAAGGAGAUUUUAGUGAAGGCUUUUGUAGUAAAGAAGACAUUAGAACUUGGUUAUAGUACAUGGGUGGUUGAUGAGAACAUGCUUGCGGUGAGCAGUGAUUCAUUCUCUAUUUCCACUGAUCCUAACUAUGAUUUAUAUGUUGGCAAGACCUUUAAAGCUCUGUUUAUUAGGAGUUCAUCAUCUGCAAAGGAAAAUUGGGUUGAUGAUUUUAUUUACAAGGUUCUGACUAUGGUUGACCCUUUGAAGCAUAAAGAUAUAUUUCCAGUGGAUGGCAGAAACUUUAUUUCUAUAGUGGCAGAAGUGUUAAAACAGGAGGGUGUGAAGAUUGGGACCAUUGAUGCCAUGGGCUUUGAUGUAACUGUCAGUGCUACUAAUGUCAAUCAAAGUUCUCUGAGUGAUGAAAAGAAGGUGGUCUAUUGGUCCUCUGAGAUGCACUUGGAUUUCAUAGCAAAACAGCUUGAGGGUUUAGGCUUUUGGAUCAUUGAUGGUGAUUCUUCGUGCACAGCUGUUGUUUGUCACCAGUCCUAACAUCUGGUUCAACUGCUAUGAUCAAUGUCUACACUGUUGAUCUGUAUUAUUACUUUUCACAUUCUUCAAUAGGUUUCUGCUUCAAAUAUCUCAAUAGUUGUCAUGAUUCUUUCGAGAAUACAACCACAAGAUUUGGAAGUUUUAAUGGUGAGGCUACAAGAUUUUGUGGA